AUGGUAGUGACUACUAUGCUGAACUACUACUUGUUUGUUAUCAUAACUGGAUGGUUCUUAAUGGCAAGGCCGUCAACAGUACUAGCUGCUAUAUAUGCCAAACCUCAUUGUAAAGAAAAGUGCGGAAACAUAACUAUCCCAUUCCCAUUCGGAAUUGGAUCGUCCAAUUGUUAUUUUGACAAAUGGUUCGAAAUCUCAUGCCACAACUCUGUGCCUUUCCUCGUACAAACUCAACUACAGGUACUUAACAUUUCGUUAUAUGACGAAAAUAGACCAUCCGAAUGGGUUCAGGUGAGAAGCCCCAUCAGUUUCUUCAACUGUGCAAAUAAGACAAGCAAAAAAUCAGCAAAUUUAACAGGAAGCCCCUUCUACUAUGCUUCUGAGAAUGACUUCGUUGCAGUAAGUUGUGGUGCUUUUGCCAAGUACGAAACAAGGAGAGGUAACAGGGUCGUCCAGGAUGGGUGCAGUAGCAGCAGCUCCGCAUGCUCGUCAUCAUCAUCAUCACCAUCAUCCAAUAAUAUUGAUUUUAGUAAUUGCGAUGGCGUUAAAUGUUGUCGUACUUCUUUCGAUGGAAGUUACAACUUCAAAAUCUCCAUGGAUAAUGAUUCUAGUACGACUCUUGCAACAAAUCGUGAUAACGAAUAUUGCAAAUAUGCAUUCCUGAUUGAUCCUAAUGAAUACAAAACAUCCCAUGAUGAUGAUCUGGAUUAUUAUGUUCCCGCCACACUAAGUUGGUCCCUUAACAGUACGUAUUUCGACAUAUUUAAAACAGAUGUUAACCCAACCAGAUCUAGCAGCUUCGUCUGCGACAGUGAUGGUACUUUAAAUUCCUCUCUAGAUAGGAUACACAACUGUCGCUGCCGUUAUGGAUUUCGAGGGAAUGCGUACAUUCAGGACGGGUGUCAAGGUAUAUGA